UGAUUUGAUGAUCCCUGAUCUAUGGCCUACAGUGGCAAUUCAUCGAUAAAUUAGCCUGAAAUUAAACAUGAAUAAAGGGGUCACCAAAACAUUAUAGUCAAGUUUUGGGGAAUUAACUCCCAUAUAAGAAACUUGGGGUUACAUUUUUUCAUUUGGUUUGUCAAACAAACUUACCAUGUUCGUCUAAAACAGUUCUAGCUUGACCUGAAAACUGAAACUAAUCUGUCUAAACAGACUCCCAAAUACUGUCGCAAUUCUCAAAUGAAAUAAGGUAGGCUGCAUUUGCUUGUAAAUUACAAGAACUUAGCAGAAGGUUAUAGCCUACAUUCCCCUGGUAUAAAUAGGAGUAAGUGCCAUAACUCGAGACAUUUAUUUAUUUUUAGAGGGGGCGGGGUAACCGAUUUCGCUCUCUCCAUCCCGUCCUCUGAUAGUCGUAUUGGUCUGAUGAGCUACGCCAGCGGCUGCCUGUUCUUCCACAGGGUUUCUACCAGACUUGACGAUGACGUUUUUAUUUUCGUAAAUUGUUUAAUCAAAUAUAACAAUCAAUCUUGACUCUUGGCGGAUUAGCUACACAAUGGAACAACGAUUUUGGCGUGGAAUAGAGAAAGAAUCGGUCUGAACACAGCGCAGACGGGCUUGCUUUGUUCCGAAUCAGAGAAAGCAAUUGAGAUAAAUUUCCGAAAUGGACAAUUUAGAAAAGGGAAAUAAAUCAGACGAAGAUUCACAAAUGCCAGAGGAAGAAGUUGAUCCCAGAAUCCAGGGUGAACUAGAGAAAUUGAAUCAGUCCACUGAUGACAUCAAUCGAUGGGAGACAGAACUGGAGGAUGCACGGCAGAGGUUCCGCGCUGUUCUGGUGGAGGCCACGGUCAAGCUGGACGAGGUGGUGAAGAAGAUUGGGAAGCCUGUGGAGGACUCAAAGCCCUACUGGGAAGCCCGGCGUGUGGCCCGACAGACCCAGCUCGAGGCACAGAAGGCCUCUCAGGACUACCAGAGAGCCAUAGAGGUGCUGCGAGUCGCCAAGGAGACCAUCUCGCUGGCCGAGCAGAGGCUGCUGGAGGAGGACAGCCGGCAGUUUGACUCGGCCUGGCAGGAGAUGCUCAAUCACGCCACCCAGAGGGUGAUGGGGGCGGAGCAGACGAAGGCGCGCAGUGAACUGGUACACGAGGAGACUGCGGCAAAGUACAGCGCGGCCAUCGGCCACAUGAAACAGCUGGAGAAGAAGCUGAAGCGCACCAUAAACAAAUCAAAGCCAUAUUUUGAACUGAAGGCAAAAUACUACCUGCAACUUGAGCAACUGAAGAAGCUGGUGGACGAGCGGCAGGCCAAGCUGACCAUGGCGAAGGCCGGGUACAGCGCGGCGCUACGCAACCUGGAGAAGAUCUCCGACGAGAUACACGAGCGCCGGCGGUCCUCCGCCAUGGGCCCCCGGGGGCGGGGCGUGGGCUCCGAGUGCGACGGCAUCGCCGGGGACGACAUCGCCAACUUCAAGAUGGAGUCCGAUGGGAUAUCCAUGGUGUCGGUGUCCUUCGAGGAUGAGAACUGCAACAGCGGCAUGUCGGAGGAAGACUCUGAGACGCAGUCCACCUGCAGCCUGAGCUCCAGCCUGACCGCUGCCCCCCUGGACCCUGCGCACCCCUGCCCUUCCUCUUCCUCCCCCCCGUCCUCCCCCCGGCCUGGCCUGGACCUGCCUGGGCCGGUCUCCCUGUGCUCCUUCAGCCUCCUCUCCCCUGUGCUGGGCCCCCGAAGUGAGUGCAGCGGGGCCUCAUCCCCAGAGUGUGACCUGGAGAGAGGAGACCGGGCGGAGGGUGCCGAGGGCGACCAGGAUGACGCCGUCAACGCCGCUGCCAAGAAACGGAGCGACCUGGAGAAGCGCUUCAGACGGCUGUCCCUUGAGCAGGCAGCCAGUUCGGAGCGCGUCACCUUUGCCGUCGCCCCCACUGCGGCGGCCCCUCCCCCUGCACUGUUAGUCAACGGCAUUUGAGGUGCAGGACACGGCCCCCUGCACCCCACCCUGCUCCCAGCCCCCUCCCUGCUGCCCCCGGGGUGUGCACGAGCCACCCCCCGCCCUCCCCCGUGAACUCAGUGGACGACAUUGGAGCGGCGUCUGUAAAUAAACUCAUUGACGGUGUCAUUUUGUAAUAAAAUCCUCCCACUCCACAAAUUGGGCAAAGGUUCUUAGUCCUCAUCGCUACAUGCCCCCAUUUUGUAGCUUUGUCAGUUGGAGGGUUAAAGGUGGAAGGAGGGGGGGGGGGGUGUCAGUAUGUAUCAUGGUAUCAUGUAUCAUGAUACCAUGUAUCAAAAUCCCCUCCAAAUCACCUUGUGACCCAAAAAUCUAAGUCAGAGUCACCAGCGUAAGCUAAAUGAAGCAAAUCCAGAACAUUUCAUCAUCACUAGAGAAAUGUGCGCUUGGGCAAAACGUGUUUGUGAGAAAGUAUAUGGCAGGAUUGCACUCUAAGGCAGGGUUAUGACUCAUUUUGGUGACCACUCCCCAUUCACUGUCCAAUGUGGCUCACCGCCCCCCCCUGUUUCUUAUUAAUACCUUGGCGCCUUGGAAACAAUGGAAUGGAACUUUUGUUUGGGGAGCAGUUCCAUAGCACUUCACAGCACAAGGACUCAUCCCCUUCACUGGUGAGAAAAUGCAAUAUUCAAGGACCGAACUCUUAACAGAGAAAAAUCACGGAUGUCAGAACGACCCAUUGGCACAAAGUGACCCGGCACCUGGAUAGCAAUCUGGGAAUACUGGAAUUAUCUUUAAGGGAUAUUCAAGCAAGCGCUCAUGGUCAGAGGAAUUGACAAUGCUGGGACCUGACUGUGAACCCCUGUAUCUGACUCCUUCCUUUCCCAGCUACUUGUAGUUACUCUUUGACCAGUGCUCCAGGUACCUGCUUUAUGCUGUCAGAUUGAUCCCAUUUUCUGUGUGUAGCCUGUAGCACUAAAAUGCAAGACCCCUCUGUGUUAUCCUUCUGUAAUCAAACAUGAAGGCAGGGAUCAAACCUUUGCAAGGCUGUUUUUUCCAUCAGUUGUAUUGUUAUGGUAACUAUGAGUCUCUAUGUGUUCCUCUUGCGAGAGUAAUAAACCGAUAUUCACCGCAUUGCUGCUCUCAAGUUUUAUUUUCCUUCCCAGAAUCAAUAAAACGAGAGCAUUGCUUAGUUUUAUACAUGAGCUUAGCAGAUGGCCAUAACCAGGGGGAUUGGCAUAAGCCUGCAUUUUUCAGAUGAUCCAUUUAUAGACACUAUACUGAAGCAGUUCAGUGCCACUCAAGAUGCAGCAGCAAUGGGUGCCUACUGCGCAGAAAAAAAUCCUGUGUUCUCUGCUAAAUGGGCUAACUGUUCAGGCUAAGGGACUUGUUUGCUGGAGGUUCUUAACCCAUUGUGGACUACGGCACCCUAUAGAUAACCCAUAGAAAGACCUAGGAAUCACAAUUUCAAUGAUCGUGUGUCUUGAAAAAUGGUCAUAUGAUCAAAUACAACGCUGGCGGCGCAUCCGUCUGUUAAGGGCGAUGUAACGGGCUGGUUGCAACUGCCCAUAAGGGGUUAAUAUAUACACAAAAUGGGACACUUGAUAAUUCAAUGUCAACUGCAAAUCAUCAGCGACCGUGUCCCAUACCUCUUUGCCUCGCAUUCAAUUAGUCAAGAGUCUAUGCACGUCCCCUGGGUCAGGGGCCCAUCUGUCUGCAUGCACAAAACCCCUGUGCAGAACCCAUAGCUCUUUCUUCCCUGCCUCUACUUGUUGUUUUGAACCAUCCUAUGACUCAUAUUAAGCCCAUGAGUCCCAGCUGACUGGAGCAGCCACAUGGACACAUUUAAAACCGCUGAGUCAAAAUGCCAGCGUGAAAAAUACUUUUAUCAUUUUUCCAUUUUAAUUUAAUUUUUUUUGUUUUUUGACAAUCACUUUUGACACUAAUUUCAGAACCGUGAGGUAUUUUUUCAGAACUGCAGAUGCAAAAACGCUGAACCAAAUCACUUGUUCACAAUGACGCAACAUUGGAAGUAUUAGCAUUUCAAAAUGAAUUUCACACAUUACAUCUGAAAAUACAGUCUUUUCAGUCAUUACAAUGCAUGUAACUACCAAUGUAUCCAACUACUAAAAAUAAGUAACUGUAACAUUACUCCUACAGCAUAGUUUUAUGGAACUGAUUACUAGUAACAACAUUCAAUUUUUAGAUCAUGAAUGUUUAGGAUCGUGUCAGUAUCAGAGGAAAAUCACUGUGUUCUUAUGCCUAAUUUUGUGAAUGCAUUUUUUACAAUAAAAUGUAUUAAUGUCUGAAAAUCA